AGAGUCCUACUAAAAGAAAAUCCAACAGGGAAAACCUGCGGCUUCUGCGCGCGACCUGACGCCCAAGUCCACAAAGUUGUGAAGUUUACUUGAUCUCUUUAUAACAGCCCAUCAGAUCAGAACACAGGAGGCUGCGAUGUCUGCCGAUCAGAAAGAGGCCAUGAAUAUAUAUAGUGUAACGCUCAACGGACCUGCUCCCUGGGGUUUUCGGCUUCAGGGAGGCAAGGACUUCAACAUGCCCCUGACCGUGUCCAGGCUGACCCCAGGCGGUAAGGCGGCCCAGGCCGGAGUGGGUGUAGGGGAUUGGUUGGUGUCCAUCUCUGAUGCCAACGCAGAGGAGAUGACCCAUGUGGAAGCACAGAACAAGAUCAGAGCCGCAACCGACUCCCUCGCUCUCACUUUGAGCAGAGCUUUUAAUCCUGCCGGAGGAGAGCAGAAGGAUUCACUCGCACCUGCAUCCAGUCAGCCCAAGUACUCAUUCGCACCGAGCACGGCCAUAAACAAGAUGGCUCGGCCGUUCUCCGCAGCCCCUGGCAGUGCCAGCAAGGGGCCUGUCAUCAAGCCGGUGUCAUACGCCCCCAAGCUUAACUUCAACUCGCCGCAGCCUCACAAUGGUCAUGAAGUAACUCCCUGUACUGCCAAGUCCAAGCCAGCAGACCAACCUGACGAUGUUCAAGCGCCAGCUAAAGCGCCAAAGAAAUCUGGUCCAGCCUGCCGGCCGCCAUGGGUCACGGAUCCUGGUUUCGCAGACCGUUACCAUCCAGACAAGACCAGCACUGUAGUGACGCAGCAUCAGAAACCGGUCCAGCCUACUCCCAUGCAGAACCGCAGCUCCAUCAUGCAGGCAGCACAGCAGAACCCUGCCGACUCCAGCGGCUGUACCCCGCUCUGCGCCGCAUGCAAUAAGAUCAUUAGGGGACGCUAUGUGGUGGCACUUGGUCGUUCCUGGCACCCAGAGGAGUUCACGUGCUGUCAGUGUAAAAGGGUGUUGGAUGAGGGGGGAUUCUUUGAGGAAAAAGGAUCCAUUUAUUGCACCAAGUGCUACGACAACCGUUACUCACCCAACUGUGCCAAAUGCAUGAAGAAGAUAACUGGGGAAAUCAUGCACGCCCUGAAGAUGACCUACCACGUACAGUGCUUCCUGUGUGCUGCCUGCAAAAUGCCCAUCAGGAACCAGGCCUUCUACAUGGAGGAGGGAGAGCCCUACUGUGAGAGAGACUAUGAAAAGAUGUUUGGUACCAAAUGCCAUGGCUGUGACUUCAAGAUUGAUGCAGGAGACCGUUUCCUUGAGGCGCUGGGCUACAGCUGGCAUGACACUUGCUUUGUCUGUGCCAUCUGUCAAAUCAAUCUGGAGGGGAAGACGUUCUUUUCAAAGAAGGACAAACCACUAUGUAAAAGUCACGCUUUCUCUCCAGUGUGAGGCUCCGCUGUUCGUCAAGGAGGGGCCGGAACGGAGACUGGGGGGUCUAUAGCUAUGCCAAACAAGACCAAGUACUUUACUUGAAGCCUGUAACAUAUGGCUGACUGACAGAGUGAUGGAUAUAGUAGCUCCGCUGGCUUUCACCGGCUGUUAUAGCAGCUUCGAUCAGCAUUUACUAAGUAUGUGUCAUUCAGCAAAGUACGGACCUGAAUUUUUGGUAGCUUGCUACAGUAAGCCGACAGACUGGCCUCAGUUUUGCUGUGUUACGAUGCCAGUCAUUCACCUGGAAACAGCUUUUCUGUUACAACCACCGAUGCCAGAUGUCGGAAUGGAUAACAAGGUAUUUGGAUGAAGUAUUUUAGCUGUCCCUCCUCGUCCCACUCCACCUCCAAAAGUACACCUGCAGUAUUCAUCAAUCCAAUGAACAUAGUACGCUCCUUAUACUGCUCUCUUUAAUUUCACUUUUUAGAUAUUUGUAUUUGUCAAUUUGGUGUAUGAGUGAAUCUCACAAAACAUGUCAUGUUCACAUUACUCCACAUUUUAUAUUGCAUAAAGAAUAUGGCUUAACCAUAUGUAAGAAUAUGAUUUUUUUUAAUUUUUGUGACUAUUUCUCUUGACAGCUGAGCACAUUCCAAAUACAUUCUAAUUGCUCUAAUGCAAAAAUAAAAAAGUGUAUUUAUACGUCAUAAUAGUAUUUGUUAUGCUGACUUGAAUACAGUAAAAUUAUUAUAUAUAAAAUAAAAAAUAUAUAAAACAUAAUAAAAAAAUAGUAAACUAUCACCAUUAAAAAUAAAGGGAAUUACAAAAAAUAAAAUGUGAUUAGCAUGAAAAUAUUGUCACACUGAAAAAUAUUAUUCUUGAUUUAAUUGCAUUGUAAAAUGUGACUCUUUUUUUUUUUUUUUUUUGUGAGAUUCGCUCAUCUCAUCUGCACUCGGAUGUAUAUGUAUCAUCCAAAAUUCGAUCCACUCUUGUCACAAAUAAGGACAAAGCAUUUCCCAUGUAAUGAGUGAAGCAAUCUAGUUGUACUCCAAUCCAUACAAUCCAUUUUGUAGGCUAAAGCAUUGAGCAUGUGAUCUACUCAGACAGGAUCUUAAAGUGGCCCCUCAAUCCUCUAGAUGCUGUGCAGCCUACUUUUUUGCUCUGCCUGAUUUGCUGUGCCAGGGUACUUAAGGUAAUGGCAAACCACAGAGGAAUAAAACGCCCCUGGCAGCUACACUGAAAUACAUUAGCACUGAUUGCAUGCGUUUCAUCCUGACCCAAGCAAUGGUCUCUACAUGGCUUCAAUACUAAAUACGCUACAUUCAUCUGUUCUAAUCAGACAGGUAGUUCUAAUUAAGGAAAGGCCUGUGAUACCAUAAAAACGCUCUGCGUUAGUGCAAAUGGAUCCUGCAAUAUUAUAUGGCCAGAUUCACUUAGAGCCUUUGUUCGUAUUUGCUUGCUGUUAUUUAAAGCUCUGUGGCCAUUUUGGUGGUUUCCGCAAGCUAGUGAGCAAAGCGCAUGUGUGCCAAAGGUUUUAUGCAUAAUCUUAUGGCGUUUCCAAACACAAUGGCUCUUCUUCAGAGACUACAUACCAGAUGCUUCCCAGAACAUCAUUCCCUUAUCGCAAUCUCCUGCACUCUAAACGGAAGAAAUGCAACACUCUAAUAUCCUGCUCUGAGAAAGCUAUAUAUAUAUAUAUUUGAGCCAACAGCUCAAUUUUUGUACUUUUUUGUAUUGACAGCGUGUUAUGUAUCAACUAUCAAGUGCCUUUUUUUUUUUUUUUAUAGCUUUGCAGCCUUUAACUAUUGUGUGUGUCAUUCAGAACGGUAAACUGCUGUAUUCUUGUGCAUACUGUAGAGAGGUUUUCUAUGUUAGAUGACGCAAAUCAUUUAGAAAGAAAUUGUGCUAGAGACAUUUAGUCAAUAAAUCACCUGCAGUCA